AGUGCUUUGUGAAGCUACCUUAAGUCUCUGCCUCUUCUCUUUUACUCAGAACUUAGCAUCAGGUCAUCUGGAACUCCUGGAAGCUGACCAGACAGACUGAUGGCGCCUACAAAAGAUUUUCCUCAUUUACUGAGUUAAGCAACUCAACAUCUCCCCUCACAGCACUGACCCUCUCCGAACUCAGAACCUGAAGACAGAGGCCAAGGGCGCUGGGUCCGGUUGAACUCGGGCGCUGUGCGGCCUGGUGCCACCCGAGAGGCGCCACGUUCUGCAGGCACAGGCCUGCGCUCAAAGGCCUCGUCCUGGCUGCGCUGCAGCUGCCGCGAGGCAGGGGUUGAAGCCAGCCGGGUUCUCCAGCUGCACAGUGUCACCGCCGUAUCGUGACAAAACCACCGACACUUCAUCGGAUCGGGGUCGGUGUUACUGCCAGUCAUGGAGCUGCACUGCAACGGCGCUGCAGUGCUGAACGUGUCAUCUUGGAGGAAUAUAACAUUACUGCCCCACUAACUCACUGGAAAUAUUAGUUCAUCUACACCUCUGCCUGCAGUGCCUAUCCUAUGUCAGUGUAGCCCAGUGGAGGAAGAAGAGCAGCAAAUGGAUUUCAGAGAGCUUACUUGUGCUUCACAGAUGUGAUCGUUUGUCCAAGCUCAACAGGAUGGAGGGGAAGAACUGGUACUAAGUUCCAGACAACAUGGUUCUAGCAGAGUCCAAGUCUCUCCUUUAAAGAGAAGUUCUGUCAUCUCGGAGGCUGAAAACCAAACACUUCAGUAAACAAAAAUGGAAGGAGGCAACAGUCCGAAUCUGCAACUUCAGCAACUCCCACUGGCCACAGCAGCAGUUUCUGUGCAGCCACACACAGACUCCUUUUCUUACAAGGAGAACUUGAUUGGUGCAUUACUAGCUAUUUUUGGGCAUCUUGUUAUCAGUAUUGCACUCAACCUUCAGAAAUACAGCCACAUCCGGCUGGCAGGUUCCAAAGACCCCCGAGCUUACUUCAAAACCAAGACAUGGUGGUGUGGACUGUUUCUGCUGGUGCUGGGAGAACUGGGAGUGUUUUCCUCUUAUGCUUUUGCUCCUCUUUCACUGAUUGUGCCUCUCAGUGCAGUGUCUGUUAUAGCUAGUGCGAUCAUAGGAAUUAUAUUUAUUAAAGAAAAAUGGAAGCCCAAGGAUUUCUUGAGGCGCUAUGUUUUAUCCUUUGUAGGCUGUGGUUUGGCAAUUAUUGGAACUUACCUACUGAUAACAUUUGGACCUAAUAGUCAUGAGAAGAUGACGGGAGAAAAUAUCACUAGGCAUUUAGUGAGCUGGCCAUUUCUGUUGUAUAUGCUUUUGGAGAUCAUCGUAUUCUGUCUGCUACUGUAUUUUUACAAGGAGAAAAAUGCAAACUACAUUGUAGUUAUUCUCCUGCUGGUGGCUUUGCUGGGUUCCAUGACUGUUGUGACCGUGAAAGCUGUGGCAGGCAUGAUCGUUGUCUCAAUACAAGGAAACCUCCAACUCGACUACCCAAUAUUUUAUAUUAUGUUGGUGUGCAUGAUUGCUACAGCAGUCUUUCAAGCAACAUUUUUAGCUCAAGCCUCACAGCUGUAUGACUCGUCUCAGAUUGCUAGCAUCGGCUAUAUCCUGUCCACAACAAUAGCUAUCACAGCAGGAGCAACUUUCUACUUGGACUUUACUGGCGAAGAUGUUCUCCAUAUAUGUAUGUUUGCACUUGGGUGCCUCAUAGCGUUUCUAGGUGUCUUCCUGAUCACAAGAAAUAGGAAGAAAUCCAUACCCUUUGAACCUUAUAUAUCAAUGGAUGCUAUGCCAGGCAUGCAAAACAUGCACGAUAAAGGGAUUGCAGUUCAGCCUGACCUCAAAGCUUCCUUUUCCUAUGGUGCCCUAGAGAACAAUGACAACAUGCCGGAAAUUUAUACUCCAGCUACAUUGCCAAUAGUGCAGGAGCAACAUGGUUCCAGAGGAGUUUCUGCUCCACCCUACCGGGUGCUGGAGCACAGCAAAAAGGAGUGAGUGACCGAUCUUUAAGGAACUGAUUUGAAUCAUCAGAAGUAUGACCUUUAUUUAUUUACCUGUUAAAAUAUAAGCAAGUGUAAAACCAACCUUGGUAUAGUUUAAAGCUUGUCUCAAACUUAACUUUCAAGGCUGAUUAUUAAAAUAAACAGCUCUCUAUAGUUGUGAAUUUGAAAGUGUUCAUCUUAGCAAGAAGUAAAUCACAGUUCUCCAUUGAAGGCUGCUGUAUGGGAGUGUGAAAUGCAGAAUGCAGUGUCGUGGCUUUAUGAAACCUAUGGGAUGACAGAUGCUGUAGAAAUGCAGAGCUGUGGGAAGAGAAGUGACCGUGCAAUUUUUAGCCCUGCUGGCAGUGAGUUUAUCUCCAAAUAGAAGUUUUCAGGAGUUGCUCACAGUGAGAGGAGGGAAGGAUUUAAUCUCUUAUGCAGAGAGACUGAUGAUUUCCUGGAAAAGUUGUAAAUCCUCAUGUCUCUAACAUAACCACCAAGCUACCUUAACAUGGCAAUAAAAUGUAAUCACUUUCAAGCAUGAA